AUGCAGCUCAUGGAGUCUCCCAUAUUCACCUCUCAGGUGGUACAGUCCCCGCCUGUGGCUGCAGCAGGAUUCAUAGGGAAUGUGCGCAAGUGGAUAAAAGAGCUGGGAAAAGCCUUCUUUGGCAGACGAAAGUCCCAGAGCAGCUCUGAUGGUCAGGGGUCAGGAGUGUUGGCCCCAUCCCGCAAGGCCCCAUACGGCCGCCUUCAUGGAUCAACAUGGAACAGACGCUUCUUCAGGUAA